UAUUCUCUGUAGAAGGCAGUAUAUGUGUGUCUAAGUGUGUGAAUGUGUGUGUGUGUGUGUGUGCAUGCGGGCUGAUGGAGGGAGCAGAUGGAACCGAUGCAAAAAAACAUCACACUGCUCCGGUUGAAUUUUCGUUGAUUUAUCAGAUGGUAAAAAGUGUGCGUCUGGAGGACAGGGAGCAGGGAAAGUGAUGCUUCAGCACGUUGGACAGCUCCGCUCUGCUCCUCUCUUCAUCUGACCACCAGUGGACUCACCAGAUUCUCCUCCAGGAUGACAGAAAACGUGUCUCUGUGGGUUUCCACACCUGCAGACCCUUUACAGACAGGCCUUGUCUUCUCCCUGCUGAACUCAUCUGCUCCACCCUCCCCUCCACCCUGGAAGGUUCCGUCCUUCACUGUGGCUGCUCGUUGUCGUGUAGCAGCCACCCUGGUGCUCUUUGUCUUUUCUGCUGGGAGUAACCUGUCAGUCCUGAUCAGCGUGUGCUGGGGACGGGGCUAUCGGCUGGCAGCACAUCUCCGCCCGCUGAUCGCCAGUUUGGCAUCAGCUGAUUUGGUGAUGACUUUUGUGGUCAUGCCACUGGAUGCCAUUUGGAAUAUUACAGUACAGUGGUAUGCUGGGGAUGUUAUGUGUAAGCUGCUGUGUUUCCUCAAGCUCUUUGCCAUGCACUCAGCAGCAUUCAUACUGGUGGUGGUAAGUCUGGACCGCUAUCGGGCCAUCCUCCAUCCUCUGGAUUCUCUCGAUGCUGGACUCAGGAACAGACGCAUGCUGCUGGUGGCCUGGGCUCUGAGUGUGCUGCUGGCAUCUCCACAGCUUUUCAUCUUUCGGGCCAUUAAAGCUGAUGGAGUGGACUUCAUUCAGUGUGCAACCCAUGGCAGUUUCCAGUUUCGCUGGCAGGAAACGGCAUACAACAUGUUUCACUUUGUGACACUGUAUGUCUUCCCCCUUCUUGUCAUGACUUUCUGCUACACCCGCAUCCUCACCAAGAUCAAUGGGCAAAUGCACAAGAGAAAAGAUGGUGAGCACUGCCUGAGACGCAGUGGAACAGACAUGAUACCCAAAGCCCGGAUUAAGACUCUCAAGAUGACCAUUGUGAUUGUUAGCUCCUUCGUCAUCUGUUGGACACCCUACUACCUCCUGGGGAUCUGGUACUGGUUCCAACCAGCCAUUAUCAAGCACACACCUGAGUAUGUCCACCACAUACUCUUUAUCUUUGGCAACCUGAACUCUUGCUGUGACCCGGUCAUCUACAGCUUCUACACACCAUCUUUCCGGGCAGACCUUGCUGAUGUUGUGGCGUGCUGCCGCGGUCGCCGAAUCAACAAUGCCUCACCUCGCUCUGUGGAUCGUCUGUCUGCUCGCAGCGGUGGAGCUGCUGUGGAGAUGGAGUCUGAUCUGAGCUCAAACCAGCACAGUGGGAACCCUGUUUAAACAGUGGUGAUCUGACUCUCAGGAAAAAAGCAUUGUUACAAAAUACCCAGCGUCCUUAAUGCAGGUGUUAGCUGUUAGAUGCUCAUGCAUGAGAACAUUAUGGGAAGGUGAACAAUGUUGGCUUUUCUUACCUUUUAGAAAAACUGUGAAACUGUGAUUCAUGAGCACGAAAUAACCUGUUGUUAUGUAUGCAGUUUACUAAUAUAUGUGCAAUUUAUAUGUAAUGAUAUACUGAAUUUGUGUACCAACAUUAUUAUUCUAUAAGUGCAAACAGGUGUGAUGUAAAGUAUCAAUCUUAUAUACUAUAUGCUCAAUAAAAGUGUAAUAUCCUUA